AUGAUGACGAUGGACGUCACGAAGCCCGAGCCACCUUCGGCGACGGCAGGUAUGGGUGGUGGUGUCGGCAACACAGCCUCCAUGUCCAUUGGUGGACUCAUACCAGCCGGCCCUCAAUCUCAGCAGCAACAGCAAACGCAGCAGUCCCAGCAACAAGUCCAGCAACAGCAAUCUACGGCGCUGGGAAAUCAAUCGGUAGCGGGUGGUGGACCAGCAGGUGGUGGCAACGGUGGAGGUGGACCUUCGCAUCCUCAACAACAACUCUGCGCCGGCUGUGGUAAGCACAUUCAGGACCGUUUUCUCCUGCGGGCGCUUGAUUUGCUCUGGCACGAAGACUGCCUCAAGUGCGGCUGUUGCGACUGUCGGCUCGGUGAGGUUGGUUCCACGCUCUACACCAAGGGCAACCUAAUGCUGUGUAAGCGCGACUAUCUAAGAUUAUUUGGCAACACUGGGUUCUGUGCCGCGUGCAACAAGGUCAUUCCAGCCUUCGAGAUGGUGAUGAGGGCUCGCAACAACGUGUACCACCUGGAGUGUUUUGCAUGUCAGCAGUGCAACCAUCGGUUCUGCGUAGGCGAUAAAUUCUAUCUGUGCGAGAACAAAAUUCUGUGCGAGUACGACUAUGAGGAGCGGCUGGUUUUCGCGUCCAUGGCCAACCAUCCGAUGUUGAAGCGGCAGAUCUCGCAUAGUAGUGGGUCAGGUAGUGGUGGAGGUGGGAGUGCAGUCACUGGGAACGUACCAGUGCUGCAGAACGGUCAUGGCGGAGGAAUGGGUGGCCCAGGGAAUGGUGCGGGUGGCUCGCAGAUGCCGCAACCAGGUCAAGGUCAAGGUAUGGGCAUUUCCUCACCUCAACAGAACUCUGCAAACGGAAACUCAGGAGGGUUGAUUGGGCUCGUUGGCCAACGGAAUUCCAGCGGAAGUACUAAUGUUGGUGCAAAUGUCGGUGGUGAUCACAACAAUAACAGCAACAAUCUGUCUCUGACCGGUGGACCGUCGCCUUUCGGUACGCCUGCACACAUAAAAGCAGCACUUAGCACGGCUAGCUAAAUCCAUCGUCAAGGAAAAAAGUAUAAAAGAUUAAACAAAUGGAAAAACAAAGCAAAAAAAUGAGGAAAAGGAAGAUUGAGAAUAAAAAAGAAAGAGAGAAAAAGAGAGAAAAAUAAAGAGAAAGAGAGAGCUAUACUAUGCAGUGAAAGAAUAUUUGUUUGCAUAAUUACAUUGUUAAACUUGAUUCAAAUUUAUUUUCCAGAGAUAAUAAUUAUAAAUAUAUGGAACCUUGUC